AUGGAUGAGACGCUUUAUGAUGAGUUUGGUAAUUAUAUUGGAAAAGCGGAAUCAGAAGAGGAAGAGCAGGAAACAGUUGAAAAUGCAAAUGGAGCAUAUUUAAAUGAUGAGGAAAUUGGGUUAGUUGAGGCAUAUUUAUCAGAUGAUGAGUUAGAAGAAAUACCGCAAGCAAAACAAGCGAUUGUUUUACAUGAAGAUAAGCAAUAUUAUCCAUCAGCAUCAGAGGUUUAUGGACCGGAUGUAGAGAUCUUAGUUCAUGAGGAAGAUACACAACCAUUAAGUGAAGCAAUUAUUCAACCAAUUAAAGUUAAAAAAUUUUCACUUGAGGAAAUGGAUUUUCCAGCUACACAUUACUCUAAAGAAUUUAUGAUUAAUUUAAUGUCAUUUCCAGAGUUUGUUCGAAAUAUUGCUUUGGUUGGUAAUCUUCAUCAUGGUAAAACAUCAUUUUUGGAUAUGUUGAUUCAUGAAACACAUGAUAUAAAAACAGAAUCUAAAAAAAUGUUAAAGUAUAGUGAUGUUCAUAUAUUAGAAAGAGAUCGUGGAUUAUCAAUUAAAGCGACACCAAUGUCACUUGUGCUUCAAAAUACAAAAGGAAAAUCGUUUCUUUUUAAUAUAAUUGAUACACCUGGACAUGUUAAUUUUGUGGACGAGGUAGCAUCUUCUAUUCGUUUAGUCGAUGGAGCAAUACUUAUUGUUGAUGCAAUUGAAGGGGUUCUUGUAAAUACGGAUAAGAUUGUUAGAUACUCUGUACUAGAAAAUAUUCCUUUUGUCUUAGUAAUAAAUAAAGUGGAUAGACUUAUAUUAGAGCUUAAACUACCUCCAGCAGAUGCCUACUUUAAACUUAGACAUACUAUCGAGGAAAUAAAUAGCAUUAUAAAAUCAUGUAGUACAAAUGAUUAUCGCCUUUCCCCAGAAAAAGGAAAUGUAUGUUUUGCUUCUACUGAUAUGAACUGGUGUUUUUCGUUAUUCUCUUUUGCAAAAAUGUAUGCAGAUACAUAUGAUGGCGUAAAUAUUGAUGAUUUUUCUCAAAGGUUAUGGGGGGACAUUUAUUAUAAUCCUCAAAGUCGAAAUUUUACUAGAAAAUCUGUAGAACAGGAUGCAAAACGAACAUUUGUUCAUUUUAUUCUUGAACCUUUAUAUAAACUUUAUGGUCAAACACUUGGAGAACCGCCUGAAGUCCUUGAUAAAACACUUAAAAGCUUAGGGAUUUUUCUUAAGCCAGCUCAAUUUAAAUUGGAUUCAAAAGCCUUAUUAAAACUUAUAUGCGGGGAAUUUUUUGGAACAGCUACAGGAUUUGUUGAUAUGGUUAUUAAGCACAUUCCUUCUCCAAUUGAUGGAUCAGUAGCAAAAAUUCAUCAUACAUAUACAGGACCUUUGGAUUCUGAAAUAGCUCAGAAUAUGCUGAAAUGUGAUCCUAAUGGACAUUUAGUGAUACAUACUACAAAAUUAUUGAAUACAAUAGAUGCUACUGAAUUUUUUAGUCUUGGUAGAGUUAUGAGUGGAACUAUUCAUUCUGGAGAUCAAGUAAAGGUUUUAGGAGAAAACUAUUCAAUCGAUGAUGAAGAAGACAUGGUUUAUGCUACAGUAUCGGGCGUUUGGGUUGGAGGGGCACGAUAUCGUAUUCCUGUUAAUAGUGCAGUAGCAGGUUCUAUUGUUCUUCUUGCUGGUGUAGAUAAUUCUAUUUUAAAAACUGCUACGAUUGUUUCUAGAGAUAUCCAAGAUGACAUUUAUAUUUUUAGACCUGUUAAACAUUUUACGGAGUCUGUAUUUAAGGUUGCAGUGGAGCCAGUUAAUCCUUCUGAAUUACCAAAAAUGCUUUCCGGGUUACGUAUGAUUAAUAAAAGUUAUCCUCUUUCAGUAAUCAAAGUCGAAGAAUCAGGUGAACAUAUUAUUUUUGGUACAGGGGAACUUUAUAUGGACUGUAUUUUACAUGAUCUUCGAAAACUUUAUUCAGAGAUUGAAAUAAAGGUUUCGGAUCCUAUAGUAAAAUUUUGUGAAACUGUUGUAGAGACGUCAGCUGUUAAAUGUUAUGCAAGCACUCCCAACAAAAAGAAUAAAAUUACAAUGAUUGCAGAACCGUUAGAUGAUGGUAUUGCAGAGGAUAUAGAAACAGGAAAAGUCAAUAUAAAGUGGCCUAUACGGAAAGUAGGGGAAUUCUUUCAAAAAUACCAGUGGGAUAUAUUAGCUUCCCGUUCAAUUUGGGCAUUUGGGCCUAAUGAACAGGGACCAAAUGUUUUAUUAGAUGAUACUUUGCCUUCAGAAGUCGAUAAAAAAUUGUUAAAUACUGUAAGAGAUUCAAUUCGCCAAGGAUUUCAAUGGGGUACUCGUGAAGGACCUCUUUGUGAAGAGCCUAUAAGAAAUGUUAAAUUUAAAAUACUUGAUGUGACACUUGCUACAGAGCCUAUUUAUAGAGGAGGAGGACAAAUUAUUCCUACUGUUAGAAGAACUUGUUAUUCAUCGUUUUUGAUGGCUACUCCACGUCUUAUGGAGCCUAUUUAUUAUGUUGAAAUACAAGCACCAGCAGAUUGUAUAUCUGCCGUCUAUACAGUUUUAGGUAGAAGAAGAGGGCAUGUUACUCAAGAUAUACCGAAAGCAGGCUCUCCUUUAUACACAAUAAAGGCAUUAAUACCUAUUAUUGAUGCAUCAGGAUUUGAAACAGACCUUCGUACUCAUACCCAAGGCCAAGCAUUUUGUCAACAGAUUUUUGAUCAUUGGCAGGUUGUUCCAGGUGAUCCUCUUGAUAAAACUUGCGUACUUCAAUUAUUCGAGCCCGCUUCUGGACAAAGUUUGGCUCGUGAUUUUAUGUUAAAAACAAGAAGAAGAAAAGGACUUGUAGAAGAUGUUGUUAUUUCUAAAUAUCUUGAUGAAGAAAUGAUGAUGAUAUUAGCACAAACAGACAUAUUAAAAGAUAAUUUUCUUAUUUAA